AUGGGACUUGAAGCAGUGGCAAUGUGGCCUGCUGGUGCUCCAUGCUUGGCCUUGGCAGCUCACGUUCCUAUACUUCUUCAAGAUAAAAUUAUAAACAGUGAUGGAAUUAUAAUGAAAGAUGAGCUGAUCAUACUAUCAGAGGAUGUCCCUGCCUGUGCCUGGAGCAGCUCAGAUAUUGGAUGGAGGAGCAGUCAUCCAAUUACAAGCAAAGCUUUACUUGGAUUUUAUUCAAUUGUUCCUUAUGGGUUCAGUCAUUUACGGGUUGUUGGACCAAACUUCACGGAUGGAUCGACUGCGAAAUUCCCAGACGGAUUCCGUGAUCGAGUAUCCGAUUGGGCGAGAAUCGUCGAAUGGGUGCCGCAGGAGAUGGUGUUAGCUCACUCUUCGGUUUCGUGUUUCCUAAGCCAUUGCGGAUGGAAUUCGAACAUGGAAGGCCUGACCAUGGGGGUACCUUUCCUACGUUGGCCAUACAUAGCUGAUCAGUUCAGUAACAAGAAGUACGUAUGUGAAGACUGGUUUGGAGUUGAACAAAGAUGA